CUAUCCAGUCUUCACAAUGGAAACCGCCAGCAAAAGCGUCACCAAUGUCGUGCGCUCCAUGAAGCUGCCCAAGGUGGACGGCUACUGUGCCACCAAGACCAUGGGCAACGAGGACUGCAUCAAGUCCACCUACAGCAUUGGUGGGUAUGAGUGGGAGACCUGCAUCUACCCCGCCAUGAUGCCGCGCGCACGCGACGGCACCCCGUGGGUGGCGGUGAAGCUCGUGUUCCUCAGCGAGACCUGCCCGUCCAUCAAGCACCUUGCUGAGCUCCUGCACAGUGGGUUGGAAGCAGAUGUCACAUUUCUCGUGUCCGGCAAGUCCUUCGCUGCACACAAGGUCAUCCUGGCUGCAAGGUCCCCUGUACUGAUGGCCGAGUUCUUUGGCCACAUGAAGGAGACGAGCUCUCAGUGCAUCGAGAUCAAGGACAUUGAUGCGGUGCUGCUGACAAGUAUGGACUGGACAGGCUCAAGGAGAUCUGUGAAGCUGAUGGCCAAGCAUGCUAUAGACUACAGCGUGUUUGGGGGGCCUCAAAACUUUGGAAAGUGGAUGGACGUGUACUCAGCUCCGUCUUGCCCUGCCGAGGCGAGGGCACCUGUUGAGCAUCUAAUAGAUGCUAGUCUCAGCAAGGAUGACGACGAUGUCAUGGAGAAUGUGCAAGAGGACACCGAUGAUGUUGAUCAUGCUGAAGUUUACGCAGGUGGUAACAAGGGCAAGGAUGCAACAGAUGUCCCCCAACCGGAGAAAGGUGAAGAAGACUACUACGCGCAGGGCCAAUCAUAUCAGUAA